ACUCCCCGCCGCCCUGGCGAGCGUUGAGCGGGUCCCGUCCGUUUAAACCGAGAAGACACCCAUACCAAGUCCUCAAUGCAAAAAAAAUAAAUAAAAGGCUGCCAAGAAGCUGGGACGGAGGAACGUGGGUGUAAAUAGACAGUGAACGCUGCUGCUCUCUCUCUCUCUUCCUCUCUCUCUCUCCUUUUCUCUCUCUCUCCCCCCUCUUCUUUCCUCUCUUUCUGUCUCUCUUUUAUGAAAUCAAUGAACGAGUUAUUGGGUAAGACAUAAAUACAAGGAAUCAAAGCCUCCAUCGGGACCAACCGGGCACUGCAAGCUUUUUUUUAUUUUUAAUUUUUGAUAUGAGUCUUCGCCGCACGCUACAUGUGUUUUCCAAUCAUUGUAAAUACUGGCUUUGAUAGGACGAGAGCGGACCCUCUCUGGCACGACUUGGUCUCGGAACCCAAAUUUUCUUUUUUUUUUUUUUUUUUUUUUUUUUUUAUAUACUAUUGUUUGUUUGUUUGUUUUUUUGGUCUCUUUUUCUUCUUCUUCAAAAAAGAGAGAGAAAACGAUUCCCCGCCCGUCGCCGUCUGCCGCCGCCGUCAUCCUGUACCUCUACCCAACUCUCACCGCGGCAGGUCCGAAGAUGGCAACUUUAACCAACGGGCAGGUGGACGGCGCGGUGCACGGCGUCAGUGUCGUGUCCGCCAGCGCGAACGGGCUCGUGAACGGAUUAAGCCACAGCCCGGCGGGAUGCCCGGCCACCAUACCCAUGAAGGACCACGAUGCCAUCAAACUCUUCAUCGGCCAGAUCCCCCGCAACCUGGACGAGAAGGACCUCCGGCCCCUCUUCGAGGAGUUCGGCAAGAUUUACGAGCUCACCGUGUUGAAGGACCGCUUCACGGGCAUGCACAAAGGCUGUGCCUUCCUCACCUACUGUGCCAGAGAGUCAGCCCUGAAAGCCCAGAACGCAUUGCAUGAGCAGAAGACCCUGCCAGGAAUGAACAGACCGAUCCAGGUGAAGCCAGCAGACAGUGAGAGUCGAGGAGAAGACAGAAAGCUCUUUGUGGGCAUGCUUAACAAGCAGCAGUCAGAAGAUGACGUGCGGCGCCUCUUUGAGUCCUUCGGCAGCAUCGAGGAGUGCACCAUCCUCCGAGGUCCCGAUGGAAACAGCAAAGGUUGUGCGUUUGUAAAAUACUCAUCUCAUGCUGAAGCUCAGGCAGCCAUCGGUGCACUACACGGCAGCCAGACGAUGCCUGGUGCCUCGUCCAGUCUGGUGGUAAAGUUCGCUGACACGGAUAAGGAGCGCACCAUUCGCCGCAUGCAGCAGAUGGCUGGUCAGAUGGGCAUCUUCAACCCCAUGGCCCUGCAGUUUGGAGCUUAUGGAGCCUACGCUCAGGUGCAGCAGCAGGCGGCGUUGAUGGCGUCUGUAGGACAGGGGGGCUACCUCAGUCCUAUGGCGGCCUUCGCAGCAGCCCAGAUGCAGCACAUGGCCACCAUCAAUGGCCUUCCCGGAGCACCGCUGACCCCCACAUCAGGUGGCAGCACUCCCCCAGGUAUUAGCGCCCCCACAGUGACCAGCAUCCCCUCCCCCAUUAGCGUUAAUGGUUUUACUGGCAUGCCGCCGCCCCAGGCGAACGGGCAGCCGCCGGCAGAAGCUGUCUUCACCAACGGGAUCCACCAUUACCCGGUGUUGCAGGAGGUGGUUUUUAGGGAGGACUCAGAGAAAAACGGCUUGGGCGUGGCUCCGCGGAGUUGUUUUGGGGUUCAGGGUGGCUGCUUCCUCUCCUCUCUCUCUGAAGCAGCUCAGAGUCCCACCGCGGCCGACCCCCUCCAGCAGGCUUACACAGGAGUCCAGCAGUACGCAGCAGCCUACCCCGCCGCAUACGGUCAGAUCAGCCAAGCCUUCCCCCAUCCUCCACCCAUCAUUCCACAGCAGCAACGAGAAGGUCCGGAGGGGUGCAACCUGUUCAUCUACCACCUCCCUCAGGAGUUUGGGGAUGGAGAGCUGAUGCAGAUGUUCCUGCCUUUCGGUAAUGUCAUCUCCUCCAAAGUGUUUGUGGAUCGGGCGACAAACCAAAGUAAAUGCUUUGGGUUUGUGAGCUUUGACAACCCAGGUAGUGCCCAGGCCGCCAUCCAGUCCAUGAACGGCUUCCAGAUUGGCAUGAAGAGGCUGAAGGUCCAGCUCAAGAGGCCAAAGGACGCCAACCGCCCCUACUAGCCCCUUUGCCUCCUGCCCCAGCCGGCCGCCGCCGUCGACAGGAAGAGACAGGAUUUGUUGAGCUGAAUAAUAUGUUGACCACUUGCUACCCACCGCUGAGGGCAAACUCAGCUUCUGGACCACAAAGUCUGCUUCAGAAAAAGAGAGAAG